CACAGCUCGACUCUCAAACGCUUAUGUCGGAGACAACAGACUUGUUGACACAUUCCGCGAACUAUCAAUUGGAUAAGCAGUGAACCUUCUCAUGCCUCUGUCCUCCGUGCGUGGUGCUGAAACAGUGUCUUUCUGGCAAUUAUUUGUCGCUUAUUCGCGAUACGCCGAGAACAGCGGGCUUUCUCGCUUGAAUUUGGGGUUUCACUGAGAACAGAAGAGCCGACAGUAUUAGGUCUCCUACGAAGAAAAAAAUCAUAGACAUUCAGUUUGUAAAUAAUUUUACUAAAAGUUUAGUAAAACUCGCAAGGAGCGCCAUGGCUUUUAUGGUGAAAUCUGUUGUUGGGGGUCAACUGAAGAAUCUUACUGGGGGAUUAGGAGGAGCUGAAGAAAAAACGGAAGGUGAAAAAUCUGAAGCGGCUGCCCAGGGGAUGACCAGGGAGGAGUUUGAGGAAUACCAAAGGCAACUGGUAGAAGAAAAAAUGGAGCGGGAUGCAAAUUUUGCGCAGAAAAAAGCAGAGCGGGCUACAGUGCGCACCCACUUCAGAGAGAAGUACCGACUGCCGAAGAAUGAACUGGAUGAAUCCCAGAUUCAACUUGCUGCUGAUGAUGUGGAACUGCCAAAAGAGCUAGCUAAAAUGAUUCAAGAAGACAAUGAAGAGGAGGAGGAAAAGGACUCUGUCAUUGCCCAGUUAUCCAAUAUUCAGAACUUGGACCUGGAUUCAAUAAAAGAUAAGGCACAGGCCACCCUUGAAGACCUGAAGCAAACUGCUGAAAAAUGCAGUAUCAUGUGAUGAGUUUUAAAAUUAUAGUUUAGUUUGUCUCAAAAACUCACAUUACUACAGAUUCUGGCCCUAAGAACAAAUGCCCACAAUCGAGCACCCCCCCCCCCCC